AUGGCAAAACCUAUACCAAAAGUUGGUUCACGUAGGAAUGGGCGCAGUAGUGCACGGAAAAGUGCACGUAGAAUACCAAAAGGAGUUAUUCAUGUUCAAGCAAGUUUCAACAAUACCAUUGUUACUGUUACAGAUGUACGGGGUCGGGUAAUCUCUUGGUCCUCCGCCGGCACUUGUGGAUUCAAGGGUACAAGAAGGGGGACCCCUUUUGCUGCUCAAACCGCAGCGGGAAAUGCUAUUCGAGCAGUAGUAGACCAAGGUAUGCAACGAGCAGAAGUUAUGAUAAAGGGUCCUGGUCUCGGAAGAGAUGCAGCAUUACGAGCUAUUCGUAGAAGUGGCCAAGCCGACACAAUAGGCAUUGCGAUGCGAAGAGCUUUGCUUGGAGAACUAGAAGGAACAUGCAUUACACGUGCAAAAUCUGAGAAAAUACCCCACGAAUAUUCUACCAUAGUAGGUAUUCAAGAAUCAGUCCAUGAAAUUUUAAUGAAUUUGAAAGAAAUUGUAUUGAGAGGGAAUUUGUAUGGAACUCGUAACGCCUUUAUUUGUGCCAAGGGUCCCGGAUAUGUAACUGCUCAAGACAUCAUCUUACCACCUUCUGUGGAAAUCGUUGAUAAUACACAGCAUGUAGCCAGCCUAACCGAACCAAUUGAUUUGUGUAUUGGAUUACAAAUCGAGAGAAAUAGAGGAUACGGUAUAAAAACGCCAAAGAACUUUCACGACGGAAGUUAUCCUAUAGAUGCUGUAUUCAUGCCUGUUCGAAAUGCGAAUCAUAGUAUUCAUUGUUAUGGGAAUGAUAAUGAAAAACAGGAGAUACUUUUUCUAGAAAUAUGGACAAAUGGAAGUUUAACUCCGAAAGAAGCACUUCAUGAAGCCUCUCGCAAUUUGAUUGAUUUAUUUAUUCCUUUUCUACAUGCGGAAGAAGAAAACUUACAUUUAGAAAACAAUCAACACGAUGUUACUUUACCUUUUUUUCCGUUUCAUGAUAGAUUAGUUAAACUAACAAAAAAGAAAAAAGAAAUAGCAUUGAAAUCGAUUUUUAUUGACCAAUCAGAAUUGCCUCCCAGGAUCUAUAAUUGUCUCAAAAAGUCCAAUAUACAUACAUUAUUGGACCUUUUGAAUAACAGUCGAGAAGACCUUAUGAAAAUUGAACACUUUCGCAUAGAAGAUGUAAAACAAAUAUUGGGCAUUCUAGAAAAGAAGUAG